AUGAGUAAGGACAAUAAAGACGAAGACACGUUUCAUCAAUUAGAAGAACUCAUGUCCGAUUACAGUAGUGAAGGUGAAGAUAGCUCGGAGGAGGAGGAAAGAGAGGAUUUGAAGGAGAUUGAAAAAAGUAAAGAUUUCUCGUUGGAAAAAAAAGACGAGGAGAAUUUGCGAAAGCGGACAGCUUCGAUCAAAGACAAGAGUGAAAAAAAGAAAAGAGGCGUUAUAUAUCUUGGUCGGAUACCUCACGGGUUCUACGAAAGUCAAAUGAGAAAAUACUUUAGUCAGUUUGGUACGGUGACUCGAUUGAAAUUGUAUCGCAAUAGAAAGACGGGCAGAUCGAGACAUUUCGCAUUCAUCGAGUUUUCUCAUGAAGAGGUGGCCCAAAUUGUUGCCGAAACGAUGCACAACUACAUCAUGUGUGAUCGCUUGCUUCAAUGUAAAUUCAUUCCGGCAGAAAAAAUCAAUCCAUACAUGUGGAAAGAGGUCACCAGAAGAAAAGAUGAAUCGAGUGAGGAAUUUAUUAAAGAAAGAUCAGAUAAAGAGGAAAAGAUUGCAGAGUUUGGGAAUCGAUUUCGAUUUUCCUGGCUACGUAAGUUUAAUUUUUAA